AUGGAAGCCCGCCUCAUCCACGCCUACAAAGUCCAAACCAUCGACCGCGAAAGGCGAGAAUGGCGCAUCAUCAACCCUCUCCGAUUCGGCAUUCGAGUCGACGAAUCGCAAAUCCCGGACGAGUACAAGGCGUUCUUCAACGCCAACAUCAGCCCCGAUGUCAGUCACUUCCUCACCGAAAUCGCGGGCGAAGGCGGUCCCUGGGACGGCUGGACCCUGUAUGCGGUCGGCAACCUGAUGUACCCGGCCGAGUCGAGGGAUCCGACGCCGUACUUCCAGGUGGUGUUUGUGAGGAAGGAGAGGACGGCGGAGGAGGGGGAGGAGAAGAGGGCGGGCGAGGGGUUCGAGAUGGUGGGGGCAAAGGAAGGGGUGAGGAUCGAGGAUUUUCCGGUCGUGAAGGGUGGAUGCACGAGUGUUGCUCGUGGGAGGUAG